AUGUUAGUGAAACUUCCCCUCUGUGUCAUUUUCCUCUUCUUUUCUGUCAUCAUUGUGGCCACAAUUCACGCUGAAUGGCAUGAUGAACGUCCUCGGAAUGGACUUCGCACUGAACAAUUGUCCUAUCGAUUAAAUAACUUCACCGAACCGCUCUUUUACGAAUUGUGGAUUAAAACCGAAAUUGAGAAGGAAAUCCUCGACUACACAGGAAGAGUUCGAAUCACAUUAGCUGUUCUGGAACCCACAAAGUUUAUCACCAUUCACUCCCUUGUUAGAAUUCUGCACUACAGCCUAGUGAAUGAUCAAAAUCGGCAAAUACACAGUACAUUUGAUUUCAAUAAUGACACUGAAAUUAUCACAUUCCUGCUAAGUGAAGAAAUACAUCCCGGUUCAAAUUACACCCUCGAUAUUGAGUUCACUGAGAAGAUAAAUGAUCAAUCACGGGGAUUCUUCGUGAGAAGAUACAUCGAAGAGGAUAAGCAAGUCUCAUAUCUAGCCUCAACUUACCUCCAUUCUGGAAAUGCGAGAUUUGCCCUUCCCUGUUAUGAUGAGCCUCGCUACAGGACUCCUUUCAUCAUUCACAUCACCCACAAUUCCUCCUUGCAAGCAAUCUCCAAUAUGCCUAUUGAAUCCGUAGAGAAUAGCACUAAUGGCUAUGUGAUGACUACAUUCCAAGAAACACCGCCAACAACCAUCAAUUUGAUCAUCUUCACAGUCACGGAUUAUGCUUCGAGAACUCUUAUGGGUCCCAGAGAUAUUUCCUUGACAAUCUACGCACCGAAAAACUUUAUUCACGAAGUUGACUUCGCUCUGGAAUAUUCAAUACCAGUUCUGUCUAGAAUCGAAGCUUAUUUAGGCUACGAAUACAAUCUUCCGAAGCUGGAUUACAUCAGUGUACUGGAUUUUAUUCAUCUUGCUAUGGAGAAUUGGGGAACAUUUUUAUUUGAUUCACAAUACAUGCUGUUUAAGGAAUCUACAACGACGGAAAAUCAAAGGAUGAGAAUGGCACGAGUUAUAACGCAUGAACUGCUGCAUAACUUCUUCGGAAGUCUUGUGGGUGUAAAAUGGUGGUCAGAUCUUUGGAUGAUGGAGGCUUUUGCAAAUUUGGGAGAAUUCUACUUCACAGAUGUCUUCAUGCCAGAGUACAAUUACAAGGAGAUCUAUGUCACUGAAGUCCUGCAUCGAAGUCUGGACGAACAUGCAUUCAUUGGAGUCCGUCCAGUUGCUUCUUACAUAGAACAGCCGCGCGACGUGCGAAGAUAUCUCGAAGGAUAUCUCAGCAAAGCCGGCCUCAUCAUGAGGAUGUUUAUGUAUGCUUUCGGAGAGGAAGUAUUUCAGAAUUUUAUACAAAGCUUCAUCCGAACAUACGCCUUCGAUACAGCCACUCCGGAGGAUCUGUACUUAACUUACGAAAAGGCCCUGGAAGAAGAACUGGAUAUGAGGACUGUGAAGAUGAGUGACGUUCUCAGAUCCUGGUUCGAGCAGCCAGGCUAUCCAUUGCUAAUCGUGCAGAGAGACUAUGAAACUAAUGAAGUUAUCAUAAAGCAACAGCGCUUCCUCUCCGCUCGCAAUGAGAGUGAUCACACCAAUUACUCCUGGUAUAUUCCACUGUCAAUUUCCACCUCGAGAGAUCCUACAAUGGAGAACACGAGACCUUGGAAGUGGUUAAGACCUGACGUGAAUAAACUCGUACUCAAGCCCGAGUCGGAACAUUCCUGGGGAGAGGAUGAUUGGAUAUUGUUCAAUAUACAACAAACUGGAUACUUCAGGAUAAAUUAUGAUACGCAGAAUUGGAGAUUGCUAGCUAAAGAGCUGCAUCAGGGUUAUCCCUUCAGAAUACCUCCUUUGAAUCGAGCUCAAUUAAUUGAUGAUUCCUUCAAUCUGGCCUAUUCAGAUAUCAUUGAUUUCCCUUUGGCACUGGAUAUCAUUAAAUAUGUGAUAAAUGAGGAUCAGUACACUAUUUGGCAAGCGGCCAACAAUCAUCUAAUGAGUCUCGAUCGUCGCCUGGACGGACCAUCUUAUGAGAAGUACUUCGGCCGCUUUCUGCAGCAUUUAACUGAAGAACACCUCGAUAAGCUGGACGUCUUUGAGAACAUUCAUCCCAAUGAAAGCAUCUCUUCCAUAUCCCUGCGCCCCAUUAUUGUUGAUUUAGCCUGCCGCGCAGGAUCUGGCAAAUGUCUCACUGCCACGAGAGUCCUGGUGAUGGCAGAAUCCAUGACUGGGCAUCGUCUAGUGCCACGUGAACAGAGCUCUGUUUACUACUGUCACGGCCUCAAGAAUGCUAAUUACGAAACUUUUCAGUACUUCCGGGAGAAACUCCACAAUCUCUACCAUGAGCAGGAGCGCUCGCACUUAUCGCAUUCACUUACGUGCUACCACGAUAAGGAGGUGGUGAUGGAUGUCCUGCUCUCGACGAUCGCUCAAGAUAGUCCUGAGUUUAUGUACUCCGGUCUGGAGCGACAGGCUCUCCUCGGAUCUGCUGUCCGGAAUGGCCACGUGAGGCCAGCCAUAGACUUCUUCCAGGAGCAUCAUCAGGAGAUUGCGGUGGCAUAUGGAUUCUCAAUCACCAUGGAAGGGUUGCUGCGCAGCAUGACCGCAUAUCUGCACUUGAAGGAUGAUAUUGCAGCCUUCGUCGACAUGCUAGAAACCCUGGAGAUGGCUAAGCAUAUUUCUGAUCUGGAAAAGAGAAGAAUCCUCGAUGAGAUGGAGCACAAUUUCGAGUGGGUAGAGGACAACAAGGAGGACAUCGAGAGAUGGAUACAGAACUAUUUUGAGCCAGGCUCGAUGAAUUCAGCUGCAGGAAAAUUCCUCAGUUUGGGAAUCAUUUUCCUCGCAACGUACAGUAAUAUUUUCAUAUAA